AUGGAAGAUAAAGGCGGCAGUGGAAACCCAGCUUGGCAGCAGCAGUGGGUUGAAUGGACCAACGUCUUACCGAGCAGCAACACACAAUACCUGCUCAUCUGCCUUGGCUACGUCAUAAUAUUUGCAUAUCAUACACGGCACAGUAUCUCAGCUUACUAUGGACACUCACCUUACUAUGGACACCCACGUACAAAGAAGUCCCUGGCACUGGCCUUGCAUAUUCUGGCUGCUACCUUUGAGCUUACGCGAUACUACUUUCGUGCAUUCAGAAGAACAGUACAGCCAGAUCUCUUCGACACGGCUGCCUGCAUGAUCCAUUCGAUCACCAGCCUCCGUCUAGCUAGAACGUUGCGCAGGGGAGAUAAAACCACUCGAGCAUCGUACCAGGCGCCGGCGAUGCUGCGACCAGUGCUAUCCUUUGCUGCAGUGGUACGACAGGACGCUUCUGCGCAUGAGGCUUGUGUCAAACUUCUCCAUGCUUUCUUGUACACCCGACUGCUCAUUUUUGUGGCCAAGAGAAUUGGCUUGGGGAAGAUUCAGUCUCACUCUACUAUAUACGCUCGAGCGGUAACCCUAGGGGCCAUUUUAGCAAUUAGGUCCUCGGGUCUUCCGGCAGGAGUGCCGAUAUACGUCGGAGCGGUCGGCUUAGUUAUGGUUUUUAACCAGCAAACACCCAGCAAUCUCCCUUCAUCGGUUCAUUUAAUGGAUGGCAUUGAAAGACGUCCUGAUACCAGAGUCAUCAGACCAUACCAGACCAUUCCGAUCACUGGGUCAACCUCCGUCAAAAUGACUAAGGAAAAAGUUCAACAGGCCGUUACGAAAGUCAUCCACUGGCUGGGUUUGUUCGAAAUCAAGGGUUUUGAAAUGAAGCACCUUUCGCCCGCUAUACCUGCAGGUGAUAUUGAUGAAUACACCGAGCAAAAGCUUGCCGCUACAUGAAGUUUGAGGUCUGGCAUUAGAUAGCUGAUUUCUGAUACUUAUUGUUAUGUGUACCAUUCGAUGAGCUGACGCUAUCAUUGCCGGUCGGUUGAAAUGGGGAAUUUGGACGAGGAAGAGGUAAGAGAAUACAUAAAAUAAUAUGUCAGUGUGGAUUACAGAGACGCUGGAGAUCCUGAACUCAUUCAUAAAAU